GACAGGAGGUGACGCUUUUAUUCUGAAAACCCCGGAAGCUUCCUAGUACAACCUUCCAGCGGAGAAGAAGACGCAGACGCCGCUGUCGGUGUUAGCAUUAGCGUUAUCCGUUAGCUCCGAAUUAAAGUUCGUCUCUGCUGCCGUGUGAUGUAGCCGUCAUGUCUAUGCAGGCAGUGCUGCAACAGCGAAUCAGCUCGGCUCAGGUGUUGCUGCAGCGUGCGGAGCACCUGUGUCAGGGCGUGGAGGGUCACCAGAAGCUGUGUGGUAAACUGCGAGCAGAGCUGCGCUUCCUGCGACGCGUGGAGGCCGGAGAGCUGCAGGUGAAAGAGUCUCAUCUGCACAGCACCAACCUGACUCACCUGACGGCCAUCGUUGAGUCGGUGGAGAGUCUGGACGACGUUGUUGCUCUGCUGCACGUCUUCACCUACCUGGACGCGGCCGGCGACCGGCAGACGCUGGUGGUGGAUGUGGUGGCGAACGGGGGACACACCUGGGUGAAAGCGGUAGGCAGGAAGGCGGAGGCUCUGCAUAACAUUUGGCAGGGGCGGGGCCAGUACGGAGACAAGAGCAUCAUCAGCCAGGCUGAGGACUUCCUCCAGGCCAGCGGUCAGCAGCCUGUCCAGUACCGACACCCACACAUCGUAUUCGCCUUCUAUAAUGGCGUCUCCUGCCCCAUGGCCAACCGUCUCAAGGACAUGGGUGUCGCCGUCCGCGGAGACAUCGUCGCUGUCAAUGCUGUAAUGAUGGAGGAGGAGGAUGAAGAGGAGGAGGAGGAAGAGGAGGAGCCGGAGCCGGUGGAAGAUAAUAACGAGGAGUCAGAGCUGACUCGAGUCGACCGCGGCACUGUGGUGGCAAGCCUGGCGUUCCCCGCUCAGGUGAAGGUGGAGGAGUGUCCGCGUGUGAAUCUGGACAUCACCACGCUUAUCACGUAUGUGUCAUCGCUGAGUCAUGGACGAUGUCACUUCACCUUUAGGGAGCCGGUGUUGACGGAGCAGGCGGCACAGGAGCGGCAGCUGCAGGUGCUGCCGCAGCUCGAUGCCUUCAUGCAGGGCAAGGAGCUGUUCGCCUGCCGCGCGGCCGUCGCAGACUUCCAGCUGAUCCUGGACACGCUGGGGGGGCCGGGCGAGAAGGAGCGCGCUCAGAAGCUGCUCACUCGCCUCCAUCUGGUGGACGACCGGCCGUCGGAGCGCACACUGCGCCUCACGCCCAGCGCCAAGGUCAACCGCCGCUCGCUAAUGAUCUUUGGCACCGGAGACUCCCUGAAAGCCGUCACCAUGACGGCAAACAGCAGAUUUGUAAGGGCAUCGGCCAAUCAGGGCGUCCGAUACAGCGUGUUCAUCCACCAACCGAGGGCUCUGACCGAGGGCAAGGAGUGGAGGGCCACACCCAUCUGACACUUCCUGUGCAAGGGCUGAUGGGGGUUUUGUUUUGUGUUUUGUUUGAUUUAAAGAUCAAUAAAGAUUCACCGUCACUUCCUGCUCUGCUCUCAUUUGUCAAAGGAGGUGGAAAUGUGGAAAGCUUGAUAACGCCUCCCUUCCUACCUUGAACCCUCAAUAAGAGAGUCACAGCUCACAGCCUUUAAAGAAACAAACUUUUCUGUGAGCACUUAUUUAUUACACUCAGUUGUUUAGUGAAUUUCUGCAGAUUUUACACUUGAACGUCUCACUAGUCCCUGAAGGCAACAGGCUGACA